AUGAUUCACUCCUCAGUGCCCCAGGCAAAGUACAUAAAAGGGGCAAAAGAUGGCGUGUAUACAUUUACAUUUCCGGACUAUAACGUAUCGGUGAACUUCGAUCGCAAUGUGUUCCUUGUGGACUUAGUCACUGAAAGUACCGGAAAAAUUCUUAAAUUGGACUCUAUCUCUGGAGGUGAUCGAUGGAAGAAUGCUGAUGUGUUAAUCUUCAACACAUGGCAUUGGUGGUUUCACACUGGAAGUCUACAACCAUGGAAGUACAUUGAAGAUGGAGGCAAGCUAUACAAUGACAUGGAUCGUAUGGUUGCAUUUCAGAAAGGAUUCACUACAUGGUCCAAAUGGGUGGACUCCAAUAUCAACCCAAAAACAACUCAAGUCUAUUAUCAGGGCAUCUCUCCAACCCAUUUCAAAGGUGCAGACUGGAACCAAACAAAUGGGAGCUGCAAAGGGCAGACAGAGCCAGUAAGUGGGUAUGGGUACAAAUACCCAAGUGGGCCACUUCCUGGUGAAGCUGUGGUGAAGAAUUUGUUGAGAAAGAUGUCAACGCCAGUUGAUUUGCUUGAUGUGACCAAUUUAUCGCAGUUGAGGAAGGAUGGACACCAAUCUCUUUACUCCGGUAAUGAGGGUGUGGAUUGCAGCCAUUGGUGUCUUGCUGGUGUUCCUGAUACUUGGAACCAAUUACUCUUUGUUUCUAUGAUGCAAAACGGCCUGGGUAAUUAAGAAAGAUAAAUAUUGGUUAGUUUACACUAAAAUGAAUUUUGUUUGAUUUUAUUUUGGUG